GUUGUGCCCUCCACAAAAGAAGAAGACGCUAGCGGGUCCCUAAGCGAAUGCUUGGCAGUUUUGGAAUAUUUUAAUUAGAUCUGCAUGAUCGUUCUCUUAUUUAUUGCACGAAAUCGUCUUUUUUCUUUUGCAUACAUCAAAAAGAAAAAAUGGCCGGAAGUGCUGGAGAAUGGUGUCUCAUGGAAAGUGACCCCGGAGUCUUCACAGAACUGAUAAAAGGCUUUGGUUGCAAAGGAGCACAAGUUGAAGAAAUAUGGAGCAUGGAGCCAGAGAACUUCCAAAACCUCAAACCAGUUCAUGGCUUAAUAUUUCUCUUUAAAUGGCAACCUGGUGAGGAACCAGCUGGCUCCAUUGUACAGGACUCAAGACUCGAUCAAAUCUUUUUUGCCAAGCAGGUAAUCAACAAUGCUUGCGCGACCCAAGCGAUAGUCAGUGUGCUAUUGAACUGCUCCCAUCCUGACAUGCACCUCGGUGAAACCCUGACCGAGUUCCGGGAGUUCUCACACAGCUUUGAUGCUGCAAUGAAAGGCCUUGCACUCAGUAACUCGGAAGUGAUUCGACAAGUUCACAACAGCUUUGCCAGGCAGCAGAUGUUUGAAUUUGAUGCAAAGUCAUCAGCGAAAGAUGAAGAUGCAUUUCAUUUUGUGAGCUAUGUGCCUGUGAACGGUCGACUGUAUGAAUUAGACGGACUUCGUGAAGGACCUAUCGACCUCGGCACUUGCAACCAAGAUGAUUGGAUCAGUGCAGUUCGGCCAGUAAUUGAGAAAAGAAUACAAAAAUACAGUGAGGGAGAAAUUCGUUUCAACUUAAUGGCGAUUGUAUCUGAUCGCAAGAUGAUUUAUGAGCGUAAAAUUGCUGAGCUGCAGACUCACCUAACUGAGGAAGAACCAAUGGACACGGACCAAAGUGCUAAUCUCCUGAGUUCCAUCCAAUCAGAGAUCGCCAAGUACCAGCUCCUGAUUGAGGAGGAGAACCAGAAAUUAAAAAAGUAUAAGAUUGAAAACAUUAGAAGAAAGCACAACUACCUACCUUUCAUCAUGGAAUUACUGAAGACACUUGCUGAAUAUCAGCAGUUGAUGCCAUUGGUUGAAAAGGCUAAAGAAAAGCAAAGUGCCAAAAAGAUUCAAGAAGCAAAGUAGCAACAACACAUACACAGUAAUUUGUCAUUUUUCACCAUAUCUAUCAAUGUAUUUUUCCAUAUGUAAUUAUGAUAUGACCCCUAGAAACUGAACUCAAGUGUGGUGCUUGCUGUGAUGACGUUCAUAAGACUUCAUGUUUGCAUGCACAAAAAUGUUUAAAUAAACCUGUCUAAUUUUCAUAAAA